CAUUUUCAAUUCUCAUGCUACUAUUACGAUCAUCUGUGGAGUGUGGUACCGUACGGCGUACCCGAUGCUCGACUACCACAUUAAAAUCUGUUUUUACGUUAAUACGAUAACAUAUCUGUUCAGUUGUAUUAUCUUGAGACAUCGUAAACACGUAAAACAUUAUCUAGCUUUAUACAAUAAGACAUAUUAAUGUCUAGGUUAUAAUUAAAACGACUUUCUCAAAGACAACAGAACGUUAGAAAUAAGUGUUUCAAAAUAUGAUAUUAUGAGGUUAAAUAGUGUGUUGUGGUGUAAAAAAAUAACAAUGGCUUCGUUAGUUAAUACUGAAAAAACAUUUACUAUAAAUGUGCCGUGGGGAAAAAUAGCAGGGGUAACAUGGGGUAACUCGUCCGACCCACCAGUGCUAAUGGCCCCUGGUAGAUUAGUUCCAUGCACCUCUUUCCGACCAUUGGUACAGCUGUUACCAGACUGCUUCUUCUAUGUCGCUAUAGACCUGCCCGGUAACGGUUAUUCAGAUAGAUUACCACCGGGCAUUCGGUAUUCUUAUUUUGAUUUAGUGCCCGCAAUAGAGAAGGUCGUUAAGCAUUUUAAAUGGGAGAAGUUGAUGUAUGUAGCGCAUUCGUUGGGAACUGUCGUGGGUGCAUAUUUCGACCUAGCAUAUCCAGGGCGUUUCACCCGCGUCGUUCACUUGGACCCCAUACCGUUGUAUUUCACUAUCACACCUCAACAGUUCGAGGGCUGGUAUAAAGAGUUCUUCGGUGACCAUUAUGAUGAUGCCAAGUAUGCGAAAUAUGUCCUUGGCAAGGAAACUGCGCCAAAGUAUAAGCUGGAUGAUAUAAAAAUCAAACUGAAGGAGGCACACCAUAUUACGAAUGAGGAGACACUAGAACACAUAUUGGAUAGGUAUAUAGAACCAGCGGGAGAUGGCUUAUACAGAUUCACAUACGACCAAAGUAUGAAAAACACAACUCUCACACCAUUUUCGCCGAGUAACUUGCAAGGUCUUCUGACGUAUACGAAAGUGCCGAUUUUCGCCGUCUUUGCUAAAAACGUUGUAGACAGGGGUGUAUAUUCCAAAGUGCCAUUUGCGUUAGACAGUAACUCAUGGCCGAAUGGAAAUUAUAAAUUUAAAAUUGUCGAUGGUUAUCAUGACGUGCAUAUGACAAAUCCGGAAUACAUGGCGGAUGACAUUUCGAAGUUUUUAUUGGAAGAGUUUCGCGCCAAAUUGUGAUGGGUGAUCACACAUAAAAAAUAAAUAAGUACAAGCAUUAUAAAAUAUAGUGCUAUAAAAUUGUGAUAUGUGCUGUGCUUCUGUUAAUAAUUAUUUAUUAAAAGCUUUGUUAACUGGCUUAGUAGCUUUUCUUAAAUCUAACUGGUGUCUGACACUUGGUUUUGUAUGGAACAUUGAAUAAUUAGUAUGUAAAUAAAUUUAUAA